AUGGCAUCGCCAGACCUGUCGGUUUCUACUUCUCCUACGUCGGUGUCGCUGGCUUCGCAGGGGGAGGAGCAGUCGCCGACAAUCACAUAUACAAACGUCAAAGAGCUCCACAAGGUGAUUAGGCAGGUUCCAGGCGAUUUCCUCAUUGUCCAAAAUGUUUCUCCUGCCGAUUUUGAGCAAAUCAGCCGUCCAGAACGUCGCGGUUUCCGCCUGCGACGUUAUCAUGCCGACAGGAGACUUUUAAUCAUCACAAUACCUACUGCCCUACAUGAAGCACUCCACAUAAACCUCUACGUGGCUUUCUUAUUCAAGAUCGGGCCAAUAGCGCAAGAUAUCUGGAAACCAAUCAUGAGUACGACCUUGCGUCCACAAGGUCACCCUGGAGGCGACGGUGGUGAAGGCGACUCAAGUGGUGGCCCAAUGUCAGUACGCCACGAUAAAUAUGCCUGGCCAACCCUGGUCAUCGAGGCAGGGGAUUCCGAAUCCUUGCAUGCCCUACGAGAUGACAUGAGAUGGUGGUUUUCCGCAUCAGACCAUCAGGUCAAGAUUGUCCUGCUUGCCAAGUUUGACCACCGUCUUCAACAGAUUCUUAUCGAGAGAUGGGAGGAAGAAGCUGCGACCCGCCCUGGCGCUACAACGACUAGAAGGGCAGCAACGUUUGGCGCCAGUCAGCCUGUGUUACAGCAAAGUAUCACCAUCACACGGGAUCCGGCUACUGGUUCAUAUCAAGUCGCUAGAAGCGACUUGGUGCUUUCGUUCCGGCUGCUCUUUCUGAGAGAUCCAGGCCCACAAGAGGGAGAUUUCAUUAUACCUACUGAAGAUUUGCAGCAUUCGCCGGAAAUAGACCUCCAAGUCAACUCUAAGGCGUCACAAUCCACAGCCGCGCCUGGGCGCCUCGUGUCCACUGAGUUCUUCAUGGGCGAUCAUCUUACAUACGACAUUCCAAGGGGACCAUUUCGCUCGAGUUACGACUGGCUAAACGCCAUAUUGACCAUCAUCAUACGGCACCAAACUUUGGUUCUAGAAAAGUCUGAGGAUGAAGACGACAUAGAAGAUGCCGAGGACAUCCUGCCAGUAGCACAAACCCUCCUAGCUCUCCUUCCCAAGGUUUCCCCCCCAGACUUGACCACAUCAGAGUCGUCAGCUCUCCAACACCAUGAUCUCAAUCUCAACAACAUUCUAGUCAACGAACAAGGCGAAGUCACAGCCGUGCUCGACUGGGAAUACGUCUCGGCACUACCACUCUGGAUGCUGACUCAAAUGCCCAAGUUUCUUGACGGUGAGCCUCGGGAUACCCUCUUUGGCGAAAUGCGAUUCCCUGGUCACGCAUUAUCACUUCAACUUAGUUAUAAUUUUGACUCUGCCAUAUAUUGCCAACGCAAGAGAUGGUCGACUCGCGGAUGGACAUUUCAGGAAUCCUACCUAUCACGACGGCUUCUUGUUUUUACGUCAAUCGUUAGCUUCCACUGUCAAAAACACACAAGCUGUGAAUGGUGGUUGGACCCUCACGGUGAAACAGGCCGCUGGACUUCCCAUUCUGUUGACCGGACAUCUUUCAUUUGCAAUGUUCCAAGUUGGCCUGACAUUGUCCACUACAUUGACGUGGUCCGUGAAUAUAGUCAGAAGCGUCUGUCAUUUGACGAUGAUAUUCUCGACGCUUUUGCUGGUGUGACGACAGUGUUAAACCAAUCUUUUCAUUCGGGAUUUCACUACGGUCUGCCAGAGCUAUUUUUCGAUGCUUCUCUGCUAUGGGAACCAGACUGUAGAAAGUCAACUUCUCUUCGGCUCAGAAAGACAAAGAAGUUGAAACUUCCAAGUUGGUCAUGGGUGCGUACGAAGGGUUCAAUCGGGACAAGUGUCUGGGACAUUUUUGCACAAGACUUUUACAAAGAUACCUCGUUUGAGAGUAUUUAUGAGCUAAAACCCCGAGUUCAAUGGUGGAAAACCAACCCUCAGGGAGAAGCAUUAAAGCUAAUCGAGUAUCAACACUUCAAUAACCAUGCCUCGAUGCCUCCAGGCUGGACUAGACGAGACAAUGAGGAUGGAUAUGGAGAUAAUGAGGAUGGAUAUGGAGAUAGUGAGGAUGGAUAUGGAGAUAAGUAUUCACACACCUUGUCUCCAGGCAUACAAUACCGGUACCCUUUUCCAUUUUCUGAGAGUGCCGAAGCAAGUUUUCCGAAAGAUGAAUACGGCCCGUUACUGAGAUGUUUCGCAAAUCGAGGGUGGCUGAUCAAAUCAAACAAGUUCGAAGAGCCCAAUAAAUCAUAUCGCAAAUUUUAUGGCACAUUCAACCUUUGUCUCAGCGACGGAGCCUGGGCUGGGGUAUUAUUUGACGAUCGAUUAGACCAACGCUUCCCUCAAAAGUCUGGUGAGAGAUGUGAAGUAAUUGCGAUUGCCGAGGGACGGGUUCUUAAUCCAGCUUUUGACGUUUAUUUUCCUGAGCGCGCAAUGGCUCGGCGAGCAAUCUUUCCAGGGGAAAGAUUGUCCGAUCGCAGUGAUUUCUGUUAUGAGUUCUAUUUUAUCCUUUGGAUCGGCUGGGAUAAAGGCGUUGCAUACCGGAGGGGCAUUGGAAGAGUUCUUAAGACGGUAUGGGAGAAAAUGGAGCGUGAGGAGAUUGAAGUAACCCUCGGUUAG